GUGGCCCCAAGCACAUUCCUCCUCAGGGCAGUCACUGACGCUAAGAAACUAAAAUACAGAUAAUCUUUAAACAGCUGCGAAAGGUCCAGUGAACCGACUCGUUGCGGAAUCUGCCCUCGCACGUGACCGCUGGGCGUCUACACCCGAAGAGGUCUUCCACCUCCUCCCCGGCCCCGGACCCGACGUCCGUGUGGAGCCGCGGGACGAGCAGAGGCUCCCAGGCCCUCGGCCGCGGCCCGCGAUGGCGCUGCUGGGCACGCUCCUCUGCUGCCUGCUGGCCGCCUGGCACGGCCGGCCCAGUCUCGGGCUGCCACUGGCUCCCGCUGGCCGCGGGAGUCCCCCUGCGGCGGUGGGACAGUUUUGGCACGUGACUGACUUACACCUAGACCCUACUUACCACAUCACAGAGGACCACACAAAAGUGUGCGCUUCAUCCAAAGGUGCAAACGCCUCCAAUCCGGGCCCUUUUGGAGAUGUUCUGUGUGAUUCUCCUUAUCACCUUAUUUUGUCAGCAUUUGAUUUUAUUAAAAAUUCAGGACAAGAAGCAUCUUUCAUGAUCUGGACAGGGGAUAGCCCACCUCACGUUCCAGUGCAUGAACUCUCAACAGACACAGUCAUAGAUGUGAUUGCUAAUAUGACAGCCACUAUCCAGAGUCUCUUUCCAAACCUCCAGGUUUUCCCCGCCCUGGGAAAUCAUGACUAUUGGCCACAGGAUCAACUACCUGUAGUCACCAGCAAGGUGUACAAUGCGGUAGCAAACCUCUGGAAGCCAUGGCUAGAUGAAGAAGCUGUUUGUACCCUAAGGGAAGGUGGCUUUUAUUCACAGAAAGUUUCAACUAAUCUGAACCUUAGGAUCAUCAGUCUCAAUACAAACUUAUACUACGGCCCAGAUCUUGUGACCCUCAAUAUGACUGACCCAGCAAAUCAGCUCAAAUGGCUAGAAAAUACCCUGAACAUCUCUCAGCAAAAUAAGGAGAAGGUGUACAUCAUAGCUCAUGUUCCAGUGGGGUACCUGCCUUUUUCAAGGAGCAUCACGGCAAUGAGAGAAUACUAUAAUGAGAAAUUGAUAGAGAUUUUUAGGAAAUACAGCAACAUCAUUGCAGGGCAAUUCUAUGGACACACUCACAGAGAUAGCAUUAUGGUUCUUUUGGAUAAGAAAGGAAGUCCAGUAAGUUCCUUGUUUGUGGCUCCUGCUGUUACCCCAGGGAGGAAUGUUUUAGAAAAGCUGACCAACAAUCCUGGUGUCAGACUAUUUCAGUAUGAGCCUCGUGACUAUAAAUUAUUGGACAUGCUGCAGUACUUCUUGAACCUGACAGAUGCUAAUCGAAGGGGAGAAUCCAACUGGAAGCUGGAGUAUAAGCUGACCCAGAUCUACAACGUUGAAGAUUUGCAGCCAAAAAGUUUGUAUGGAUUAGCUAAACAAUUUACAGUCAUAGACAGUAAGCAGUUUAUGAAAUACUACAACUACUUCUUUGUGAGUUAUGACAGCAGUGUGCUUUGUGUUGGGAGAUGUAAGGCCCUUCAGAUUUGUGCAAUUAUGAAUCUUGAUUAUAUUUCCUACACAGAUUGCCUCAAACAAUACUAUAGAAAGCACAGUCUGUAGUAUUUCAUAGUCUGUACUCAUCGAAAUUAUAAUAUUGCUCUGUUUCUGAGAUCAGUUGGUGGAAAUUGUUAUGCAAAUUUUUGUGAGUUACUGAGUAGGCAGGCAGAAUUCCUGUCUUUGCCUUUUUACGAUAUCCAAAUGUAGAUAUUUUUAACAUUCUACUUUUCUAUCAUAUCGAAUAUAUUUAAACUGCCCCUUACUAGAAUGAUGUUUGGAUGUAAAUAUCUUAUCUUCCAGUUUAUAUAAUUAUAUCUAAUUUAUACCCUUGUUGCAAUUGUCAUUUAUACAAUAAAGCAAAUUACUUUUCCCUAAGUAUAAUGAAUUAUUUUUGAUAUGUUAAUUUUCAGCCUUUUAAUUCACUCUUGUGGAAACUUUGUGUGUAAACUGAGGUUCAAACAGUUUAAGUACCAUGAAGUUGACACUGUCUGUGCACUAUCUGUACUCUUGGGAAAACACCAAGGUCACAUGAGGGCCGUCUCUGAGACUAGGAGACAUCACGGGCCAUAUACUCACUGUGAGUGAAGGGAAGUGUUCUUCCGUGUUGCUGAGUUUUAAGGAAGAGAAUGUCACGAGUUGUACUUAUUGUAAGGAAAACAAGCAUUCCUUUCAUGGAUUUCUUCUCAGGGUUCUCCCAUGGCUGCUUACUUCUCAACAGCUUCUCUCAAGCUGUUGUUUGCUCCUAGCCUAAGUGGCAGAAUUAAAGGAAGAAAGAGAAGAGGAGGUUGAGAGAUCUAGGGGCAGAGAAGAUUGUACAUCCCAAUACUUGGGCUUGCUAGGGAAGACAGACAAUCAGCGGCUUGACUGAGGUCAGUCAAAGAAGAGACUGACUCCUUAUUCAUGUGAAAAAAAUGAGUUGUAGAUGUAAGAUCUCAUCUAAUGAAACCAAAGAAUACGGAUUUCUAGAUGGCAGAGAAUGUGAACAUUAUAAAAUAAAAAAUAUUAUUAAAAAAACUGAAAAUGUUCAUGGGGUAAAUGUUUUUCAAAAAAAUAUUCAGGUUAAAAAAUAAAUUAGUUGUGUUUUAGAAGUGAGACUUUGCUAAAACCAAGCAAAAAUCUAUUCUUAUAAAAAAUAAUCACAUCCUUUAGAAAUCAUCCUGCCUGCAAUUAUAUUUAAAGUUGGUAUUGUCAGAUGACUACUUCAUGCAUUUAUAUAUUCUUAUGUGUCUGGACAGAAGUUUUAAGAAAACAGGUUUGCACAUGUAAAGAAAAAUUUUUAAAUGGUGAAAACCAAAGAUGGCAUGAGCUGACUCAGACGAUGAGCCCUGGCGUGGGAAGGAAACAUGCUUGGGUUUGCAGGAUUACUGCUGGGGAAAUCCCUGCUCCUGCUGGGGGUUUGAGGCAGUGAACAUUUAGGGUCCUUCCCACGUGAUUCUACAGUUUAAAAAUUCUCAUGCUUCUAAUUCUGUUUACUUUUACCUUAAAAUAGGAACAAAUGAUCUUAAAGUUUGAGUAACAUUUAGGGAUGUUAUCAGUAUAUAGUUAAAUAACUUUUUCCGUCCAAAAAUCAGAAUAUGUUACAAUUAUUUGUUGUGCUUUAUUUACAAUUAUGUUCAAACAUAUAAUAAAUUUUAUUAUGACCAUAGUAAGACUCA